CCUACAUGCAUAAGACCUGAAAGAGUGAGGCACUGCAAACACCUAGGGAGAAGAACGGUACAGCUUGAACACAUCCUGUACUGCCAGCAUGGGAUCAGGCUCUUCAUCCUACGCCCCAAAAACCAUCUACCUGGAUGUGGAUGGAAAAGUACAGAAGGUUUUGUUCAGUCGUCAUUGCAGUCCAUGUGACAUUAAAGAGCUUUUGUGUUCUUCUUCCAACAUCUCCAGGACCACAGCUGUAAUGUUGGUGAACCCUGAGGGAGCUCUGGUAUCCAUCGAUCCCACCAUGCCCACCAACUCACCCAAUUCUCUAUAUAAAGUUGUUCCCUUAUCCACGGGUCAGUUGGGAGAAAAAGAAGACAUGUUCCAGAACGUGUUAUCACAGGUGGCGGAGCAGUUCAGCAGAGCCUUCAAGAUCAAUGAACUGAAAACUGAAGUGACCAAUAGGCUGGCUAUGUUGGAGAAGAGGGUGGAGUUGGAGGGCCUGAAGGUUGUGGAGAUUGAAAAGUGCAAGAACGAUUUAAAGAAGCUGAGAGAUGAGAUGACUUCCAGAGGAGGAGGAAGAGUGAAUUGCCCUUGUAAGUACAACUUCUCGGACGAUGGAAAGAAGUUAACUCCCAGAAGGGAUGUGCCCAGCUAUCCAAAGUACACACUCUCUCAGGAGACUAUUGAAGCUCUGAAGAAGCCAACGUUUGAUGUCUGGCACUGGGAACAUAAUGAAAUGCUCAGUUGCUUGGAAUACAUGUACCAUGAUUUAGGCUUGGUAAAGGAGUUUAACAUGAACCCCAUUACUCUCAAACGUUGGCUGCUUGGUAUUCAAGAGAAUUAUCGUAGCAAUCCGUUCCAUAACUUCCGCCAUUGCUUCUGUGUGAGCCAGAUGAUGUACGGAAUGAUUCACCUCUGUAACCUUCAGCAGGAAAAGCUCACACUGACAGACCUGGGCAUUUUAAUGACUGCUGCAGUAUGUCACGACUUGGACCAUCCAGGCUACAAUAACACGUACCAGAUAAAUGCACGCACUGAGCUAGCUGUACGUUACAACGACAUCUCUCCUCUGGAGAACCACCACUGUGCUGUGGCCUUUCAGAUCCUCGCUUUGCCCGAGUGUAACAUCUUUGCCAACGUGGACUCUGAAGCAUUCAAACAGAUCCGUCAGGCGAUCAUCACACUGAUUUUGGCUACUGAUAUGGCCAGGCAUGGAGAGAUCCUGGACUCUUUCAAGCACAAAGUGGACAAUUUUGACUUUACCAAUGAGGAACAUGUAACCUGUCUGAAGAUGGUCUUGAUCAAAUGCUGUGACAUUUCCAAUGAAGUCAGGCCCACAGACGUUGCUGAGCCAUGGGUGGACUGUCUUCUGGAAGAGUACUUCAUGCAGAGUGACAGAGAGAAGUCUGAGGGGCUACCUGUCGCUCCAUUUAUGGACAGAGACAAAGUAACCAAGCCUACAGCUCAGAUUGGCUUCAUUAAGUUUGUCCUCAUCCCCAUGUUUGAAACCGUAAUGAAGCUUUUUCCACAGAUCGAGGAGAUCAUGGUACAACCUCUAAGAGACUCCAGAGAUCAUUAUGAGGAGCUCAAGCAGAUUGACGAUGCCAUGACUGAGGGAUCUUGUUUCCUGGCCCGUUUUCACAGAGCACUGGUCUGAAGCUUUGAUAAGACUCUCCAUUCAUUGGACUACCCUAAAGCUGAAGUGGUGUUCAAGAUGGUUCCUCACUGUGCUGAAUCCCAAAGAGCGAUCUUAACUACUCAGGCUUGUGGAACUGGGAGAAAGUUUCUCUCAACAUAGCUGCAAACAGAUAGUCUGGUAGCCUGUGGGUUUGCUAGGUUUUCCUGAUCUUCCUUCUUUUUGUGCGAUCUUGGCUUUUUAGUGUUACACUGGGAUGCCCGUUAGAGGAUACAAAUAGCAUUAAUUAUAUUGUAUUAUGACAUUGCUGAUUAAUGUUACAAGAAUACAAGACCAGAUUGAAUAGCAAGAUAGACCAAAAAACUUAUAGAGAAUUGUUGAGUUUUAUGUUGAAAUAAUGAUAUUUAUUAAUAAAAAUCUAAUUAUUAAUUAUAAAAUUAAGUGAAAUGUUAAUACAGCACAGUACUGUAUACAUAAAAUAGUUUUGGAAUGUAACCACCGUGAUAAAUGGGGGAUUACUGUAAUCCACAAAGGUUUUUCAUUAUUAGCAAUUAUCAAUGAAAAAUAUUAAUAAAAAGGCAUUGAUUGAUGGAUAAACUUGCGCAUUAUGAUAGAUGAGUUUGCAAUGUGUGAUUUACAUUGAUUUAGAUUGUAACUCACUUGUUUACAUCAAAACAAUAAUUAAUAUUUUUCCCUUAAAUUAUUUACUGUUGUCAUUUCCAUCUUUUAAAAAAAAAUCACUAUUCUGUGUAGCACAAUAAAGUCUUCACUAAUGU